GGCCACCACAGGAAUAUGAAGCCUAGAUGGUGACUAAUCACUGAUUAUCCAAUUCCGGAGCCGCACCACAAGUAUCCAGGCCAUUCUUUCUUUUAACGUCUAUCUUGUCUCAACACAUCCCCACUCAGUUCAUAAGUGUAUCUAUCUCUUCACAUCGCAUGAACGUGCAGAACCUGAACUCUUUCGAUCCUUUUGCUGACGAGGGUGAUCCUCUCGGAGGCAACCAAGACGUUGGAUCCCAGCAGAAUUACCUUCAUAUUCGUAUCCAGCAGAGGAAUGGAAGGAAGACUUUGACCACGUUGCAGGGAUUACCCAAAGAAUAUGAUCCCAAAAAACUCUUGAAGGCUUUCAAGAAGGAGUUUGCUUGCAACGGCACUCUCGUUGACGACGAGGAGAUGGGUCAAGUCAUCCAGUUGCAGGGUGAUCAGAGGCUUAAGAUUGUCAAGUUCCUCACGGAGGAGGGCAUUCCAAAGAACACCAUCAAGCUGCACGGGUUCUAGUCCAUGUCGUCUGAGGGUGUACUUAAACCCUCGAUGUUAACGCCGAUAUUUCUGUCAGCAUAGUUUUUCAUUCUCACAUGUUCUGUAUACGUGUUAUGUAUGCCGUUUGUAACAUUAGUGAUUGUUGAUCGAUUAGAUGUUUUCUCAUGUACUAAGCUUUUAAAAGUCUGGACUUCGCAUAUAUUUCCAAAAGCACCAGGAAAGAUGAAGCAAUAUCUGAGAACAUACUGCAUCGAAGUAAAGCUGUCUCUCACAAGGGAGGAAAUGCAAAUUAUCUUGAGGCGGGCUGGAGCUGAGCUACUCACUUGACUUUAUCUAGUGGCCGGUUGAAGCCUCCACGGCUA